GCGUCGCAGUAUCUUUGGUUUCCGUAGGUUGCUGGCUGGCGUGCGGGAUUGUCAGAGUGAACGAGAUUACUGUUCGCGGUGGUGGUAGCCGGAGCCUCGUCAAAUUUCAUGGACGAAUGACUGGGAGACGGAACGGAUAGGAGCGGCGGAAAGAAUUGGACGUACGCAACGCGAAUACAAUACCGUCCGUCGUGUGGAUCCGCGGGUGCGGCAGCAACGAGAAUGAGCGAGCUCGUUUGGGGAAUAAAAAACGGCGAUCUCGAGCAAGUGCGCGACAUCGUCGAGAACAAGAACAUUGAUGUAAAUCAAAUGAUUGAUGGAAGAACGCCAUUACAUUAUGCAGCUGAUUACGGUCAAAGCGAAGUUGUCAGAUAUUUAUUGGACAAAGGAGCAAAUGCCAAUGCUACAGAUAAGCAUGGAAUCACGACGUUGCUGGCGGCAAUCUGGGAGGGGCACACGAACUGUGUAAAACUGCUGCUGGAGAAAGGCGCUAAACCGGACGGGUUAACGCCGGACGGCACAAGCUAUCUGGAUGCGGCCGAGAAAGAUGAGAUUAAACAGCUCCUGAAACUCCACUAGCAUAAAGCCAAACAAAAUGCGGAAUCAUAAUUUUGUUACUUUAGUACGUUAAUGUUCCUCCUUAUAGAGAGAGACUAUUCUACCAGCUUUGUUUUGAUUUCCCGCCUAUGAUGACUAGAGUAUAUGUCGUAUUUAAGCACUCGAAAUUAAAUGAAGAAUAGGUACACAUGGAUGCCGUUUUAUAAUAAUAAUACUGAUAAUAUACUGCAUGUCGAGAGAUUUGUAUAAUGAAGAGCUCGUAUUCUUCUCGCGAUAAUCAAUUCUUUAUGGUUCUAAAUAUACAUAUACAUAUAAGUUACAGAUUUAUCAUAAGAUAUUAUUCUUUCGUGGCUAAGACGAGUUACGAAAGUUAAUUUAGUUUAAACUUACAACCGUAUAUAUGUAUACAUAUAUAUAUACAUAAUGUAAUUUUGAUAUAUAUUUUGAUCUAUUCUAUAAGGCGGUACAUAUUGUUUGUUAUUAAUUUAUAAAUUCUGAAAGUCUUUUUUAUACAUUUUUAUGUCAUAAUCGCUUGAAGCAUAUUAUUCCAUUUUUAAUCUGAUAUUUUCGUGGCAGCGAUAUAUGGAGUCUCUUGUACUCUUAAGCAAAGUGCUAAAACUCCUUUGAGACACCUGUGUGCUGAGUUGAAUUUUUGAACGUAUGUAUAAAUUGCGAUAAAAAAGAAGCAGUACAUUUGCAAUGCUAACAACGUGUAAUGUGUCUAAUGGAUGCUAAGAAUGUACAAUAAUCAAAAGUAAUAAGCAAAUACAUCAUUGUUAUGAACGCUGUUCUAAUUUUCUGGUAUCCAGACGUAAGCCAUUCCGAAUGUCAUGUUUCAAAAAGAGAGGAAGAGAAAUAUACUUUUUCAUAUUAUAAAAUUACACUUAAAUAUCUACUAAAAUUGGAAAAAUUGUAUUAACUAAAAUUAAGCAAUAUGUCACAUCUACGUAAUUCAUAAAAGAUCAAAACCCACAUUGCAGAUUUUUAUAUAUAUGAAAUGUUUUAAAAUAAAUGUAUGUUUCAUGUC